AUGUUGUUUCGCCUUCUAUCCGCAACUGGUGCUUUGUGCAUCACUACUGCGGCCGCCGCAGCUCUGCCUGCACCUCAGCUGCAUUCUACCGCUGGUUCUCAUCAAAUCAACCUUCCUGCUAUCCCCUGCGCUUUCUCGGAGUCGACUUGCACGGAAUCAUUCGACUCUGGUUCACAAUUGACCAUCGAUUUCUCCACCCAGAAUGGCACCCUUCGAGCCAACCAACAACCCAUCUUCCCCGCUACCGUCCCGAUGCAGUUCACAGCAGAUCGCAAGUGGGAGUCAUUCGUUCAGCCAGUUCAGGUCUCCUACUCGUUGGAUGUACGGCCACUGCCUGCUCGUCCCGGCGCUGGUCUGGGCGAUAUCUACUACCUCAAGCUCCGUCUCUUCGACCAGCACGGUCAAGCUGCCACGCAGAACAGCAUUGCGAUCAGUCUAAUCAGAGACGCCCAGGGUGGUCUGCAACUGGCGAUGAUCGACCCGAACGGUAGCCGCGAUUAUGGUCACGGAAACCGUGUCUGGCAGAUGAAGGCCUGGAAGGAACAGCUCGAAACAUACUACAACCAUGCAAAGGAAGCCGUCAAGAACUGCGUCAAGCCGGAGCACCCGAAGCACGAACACGAGCAUGAACAUGAACACGCCCACGAGCACCCUCACAAGAUGGCUGGAUCUUCAGACGCCCACCCCCACCACCGUCGUCCUUCCAACAAGUACUACCCCUCCAGCCAGAGCGGCCACUUCUUCUGGACCGGACGUGAACAGAGCAUCAUGAAGAUCGCCCGUCCGGUCAUCCUCCCCGCCCUGAUGGGAAUCAUGGCUGGUGGAGUGGCCUGCAUUGUUGGAUUCCUGCUGGGUCGUCUCAUCAUCUCGAUCUACCUGUGCGCCGCUAGCCGCCGGCAGCAGCAGCAGAACAUUCCCAUCAUCAACAUCGAAGACGGCGAGCCUAUCUCUGAGAAGGAAGCCCUUCUCGAACCCUACAGCGAUCAAGAACCUGAGUCGCGCCAAUCAUUCCCAUGA